UUUUGCCUAGAGUAUCUAAAUACACAUCUUGGGUGUUGAUUUUACUAGUACUGGUGCAUGGGAUGUGCAUAUCAAGAAUGUGUUAGACAAUGGUAGAAGGAAGGUUAAUCAGUUGCAUAGUGUAAUUAGUAAUAGGGAUAUUAAUUUGAGUGCUCGCAGGUUGUUGUUGCUGGCGGUGGUUAGGCCAACUUUAGAGUGUGGGAAGCCAAUAAGACUCAGGCAGCUGCGUUAGAGUCCGUGAUGCUGGGAGGAGCUAAGCGUAUUCUUGGGUGUUCGUCUAAGACAUGUAAGGGAGGAUAUGGGGCUUGAGACGUUACAAGGGCGUAGGGAUGAGAAUAAGUUGAAGUGGUGGUAUAAGUUAGCGGCAUUGCCAGGCAAUAGGUAUCGGAAGAAGCUUUUUAAUCAGGAAUGGUAUUUUAAGCUACGGAGAGGGAGGCAGAGGAAGUGCUGGAGUAGUAUGGUCAUUGAUGAUCUCUUUUCAUCAUUAGGUCUUGACAAGGCAGAGUGGUUGCAUGAUAUUCAGAAUGGGGAAUGCCCCUUGAAGGGCUUUCCGUCUAUAGGUGACAGUAUUAAUGAGAGGGAGAUUAGAAAGUUUGAAGAGGGGCUAAAUAGCAAAGUAAAGCUGUUCUUGUAUAAGACAUUUAACAAGGUGGUAGAGUUCAAAAAGUACUUGCAUGGGAAAAGUGAUGCUGGAUCUAGAUUAGUGUUUAAGUCCAGGUCAGGCACGCAUGGGCUAAAUGAGGAACUGGGUAGGCAUAGGGGGAGGGAGGGGAUGAAGGAGUGCCUGUUGUGUGAUGAUCAGUGUGAAAGUGUGAGUCAUGUGUUGUAGGAGUGUCCAGCAUAUAGUAGUCUUAGGAGCAAUUUCUUAGUUGCUCUACUGGGGAAGCUUGGCGAUGAUGGGUUUGAACAUUUCCAGUCGCUUGAUAGUUUCAGGAAAGCAUUAUUUAUUUUGGGUAGUGAGUUGUGGG